AUAUACUUUUACUGAUACUUAUCCUCAUACUAUAUUACUAUGAAUAUGUCAAUGAUUGAACUGAACCAGGAGGAGCUGAUGAUGGUGGAGGCUAUGGUGAAUUGUGCCCUGCAUGCAGAGAUCGCCCACAAUCCGCCACUGGUUCGCUUGACACCCGAACGUCAGGCGUUUCUGAGGGCAAUGCAGACACAUCCAGUCACAAUGCAGACGCUUCCCGGGUAUCUGGCCCAUAUUGGAAUUGACAUCAAGAGACUUAAUGCGAUCGAUGUGUUGAACUACGUUGCAGGGCAGUUUUAUACAGGAGGGAUUGUCAAUAGCUUGAAUAAUUACCAAAAUUCCUACUUACAAGAAACAAAACGACGUUGCGCGUUCUCGACCCUUCCCUGCUCAGAAUGCAUUGCAAGCUCAGCGUAUGGCUCGGCAAUCAUGUUGAUGAGGAUAAAAUAAGCCGAGAGUACAUCCUGCGUAUGCUAGCCAGAAUGCAUAUUCAUCCGGC